ACUCUGGCCAGCACACUGAGGGAGGUGUCCCGGCGCUACAGAUCCCUGCAGCGGCAAAGGGGAAAGAAUCCCUCCGACCAGCUAAAGAGGGUGACCAAGCAGCUCCUGCGAUCGUUCCAGAGGGAGGACGAGGACAAGGACGAGGAUGCUGUGCCUCCCACUCCACCGACGGAGGGCACCUCAUCAUCACAGCCGACCUCAUCGAGCCAGGAGCGAGAGCCCGCCGCACUUCCCCGAGCAUGUGACAUGCUUGAACGUGCUGCUAAACGAGUACAGGAGGCACCAGGAGGGUCCCGAACCGACCCCUAAGCUGAGGGAAAACGUAGGGGGGAAGAUAUAUCGCAUUAAGAAUUUUUUGUCCUUCAUGGCCAAAGGAAGGUCAAAGCUCCACACUCUGACCUUCCUGAACGACAUGGACAGGAUCCGGGGGUGGGUGCACAGCCUUAGGAAAAAAGUCAUCGUCGACACCACGAUAAACCACUACUUAAAAAACGUGGCGCAAUUCAUAGACUACGUGGUUGACACCCCUACUGUGACCUGUCGGCUUUCGAAAAAGGCGCUGGUGGGAGUCCGUCGGGAGGUCCGGUCUCUAAUUCGAGGGUUGAAGCGGCAGGUCACAGUCCACCAAAUGGCGGUGAAGAGGUCGAAGGACGGGCGGCUAAUUUCUAAGCAAACCCUGAUCCGGUGCAGGGCAUUAGCCAAGGCCGCGAUCCCGAGGAUUUUCGACCAGCUGGUGAGAGACUUCUCUCAGAAGACUCAGUUUCUUCUUUACGGAUAUCUAACCGCCUAUCUUGGGUCCAUUUAUGGUCACAGAUGCGGCGUGUACCAGAAUUUAAUGAUAAAAGAGGUGGAGGAAGCCGUCCAUUCUGGGGAGGUGUUCCUGAUUAACGUGAACAUGCACAAAACCAACCAGGCCUUUGGACCGGCACAGCUGGCGCUUGUGAAAGAAGAGUAUGGGUGGUUUAAGAGGCUGCUGAGCAUCAAAGACAAACUGGUGGGCGGGACUGAGGCAGUCUUCUUUUUCUACACCUCCAAAAAGAACCCGUGCAAGAAUCUCAACAAUUACCUCCAGAUGGCGUGGAAGGAGAUGGGGCUGACGGGAACCCCCACUUUCACGGACCUCAGGAGCGCCAUUGCCACGCACGCAAGGAACUCCCACGGGGCGGACUCGCGGCUGAAAAUCUCCAAGUUUAUGUGCCACAACACAUCAACGGCAGACAAAUUCUACGCGGUUAACCUAAACUGCUCUCAAGCUAUGGAUCACCGCCGCCUUUUCGAGGCGGCAUUGGAGGGACCAGACAUCUCCCCAGACAAGGUGGUCAGCAAGAAGAGAAAGGCGGCGGACGAAGCUCCUUGUUCUUCCAAGCACAAACGCAGCUCUCCCUGCCGCUCCUCGAGUCCUGGGAGCACCACUACGGACGAGGAGGAGCCUGUUUACCAGGAGUCCGGCGUGUCGUUCCUAGACGAGGACGAGGACUUGGAGGAACCCCAGGACUUGGAGGAACCCCGGCCCACACCAAGGAGAAUGCUGCCGAAGAACAAGAGGCCCAUGGUGAUCCUCACACCGCUAAAGUUCCCUCGCCGGGCCAUCCUGACCUCCCGGGUCGGCAGCACCGGGAGCAGCCGCCGUUCGCCCCACACCAAAUCGUCCAGCAGCAUCAAGGGUCCGUCUUACAGGCGUCGCAUAAUAAAAACUUUCACACCGCUGGGCGUCGCCAAAGCCACGAAGGCUAAGGCAAAGGUCCAAAAGGCCUUAAAGACUCGAGCCCAAAAAAAAGCCAAGUAACGGUGGUUAUUGUUGUGUUUUGAAAUUUGUUCAGACAUGUUCAGACAGGAACAGUUGUGUUUUUAAAAUGUUCAAUUGUUCCCGAUGUUGCCUAAAUGUUCAAUGUUCUUGUUUUCUGUUUUUAAACUCUUCAGAUGUUCAAUUGUUCCUGAUGUUGCCUAAAUGUUUGAUGUUCUCAUUUUCUGUGUUUAAAUUGUUCAGAUGUUCAUUUGUUCCUGAUGUUGCCUAAAUGGUCGAUGUUCUCAUGUUGUGUUUUUAAAUUGUUCAAAUGUUCAAUUGUUCCUGAUGUUGCCUAAAUGGUCGAUGUUCUCAUGUUGUGUUUUUAAAUUGUUCAGAUGUUCAAUUGUUCCUGAUGUUGCCUAAAUGUUUGAUGUUCUCAUUUUCUGUGUUUAAAUUGUUCAGAUGUUCAUUUGUUCCUGAUGUUGCCUAAAUGGUCGAUGUUCUCAUGUUGUGUUUUUAAAUUGUUCAAAUGUUCAAUUGUUCCUGAUGUUGCCUUAAUGGUCGAUGUUCUCAUGUUGUGUUUUUAAAUUGUUCAGAUGUUCAAUUGUUCCUGAUGUUGCCUAAAUGGUCGAUGUUCUCAUGUUGUGUUUUUAAAUUGUUCAGAUGUUCAAUUGUUCUAUGAUGUUUCGUGUUCUUUUUUCAUUUGAUUCACUUGUAAAUAGUUUAAUUUGAAUCCACUUUAUUCUUUUAAAUUGCUGUUUGGUAACUUUUGGUUUUAAUAAAUGAU